AUGAAACAACACGGAAAACAAGCUAAAAAAGAUUCAGAACAAAAUACAAAGAAAAAUGAUCACUUUUGUCUCAAAAUCCCUGCAGAUAUAAGAAGAAGCUUGAAUUUAACAACUUCAGAGAUUACCUCUCCUGAAACUACUUCCAUUUCUUCCAGCACUACGCCAAUCACUCAAUCUCCAUCUUCGAAGACUACUUCCAUUUCUUCAAGCACUACGUCAAUCAUUCAUUCAGACCCAAUCCCAAUUCAAAACAUUCGUCUACCGACUAACACGAAGUUCAGAAGAUUAUGGUAA